CGCCUGUAUACUUUGGGUAGGUUGGCCAACCAUUAAACGCUUGAAAUCACGCUAACAUUGAAACGAUUGAACUGAUUGAAACACAAUUUAGUGUACACAGGGCUUUACAGACUGAUCAAGACUCACAGAUAUGCAGCCAUGCUGGAACAAGGACUUCCUGUCCUCGUUUCCAGUUGUUCCCCUGUGAUGAUUACGUAGGGCAGACAAAAUCCAUAUUUGAUUGUCUCCAUUUUAAAACACCAUCGACAACUUAAUUAGCUGAAUAGCAAUGCCGCGAGCUAUUAUGUAAUACAUUUAUUCUAUAGACAAAGUGUUCCAUGUAUUGUUAAUAACAUUCAAACGCCUUAACUCAAGAUGAGAAGACACACAAAGGAUUAGAAUUAGAAAACUACAAUUUUUAUGAGCACUAAACUCAAAACAGAAGAUGGUGCCUUCUGACGCAUUCUUGUACAUAUAUAGUAUUUGCGUCUACAUUCAUAAAUGUUAUGGACUUUACGUACCUGCUGAGGCAGCUGGACAACAGACAUUUGAAGAUGCCCAGCGAUAUUGUGAAACUGCUCAUGACGGCCAUAUUGCAAUGCCCAAAAAUUCUCUGGAAGCAACGUUUUUGCAUAUUUCUGCUCUUGGGAAAUCAUGGAGUACGUAUUGGAUAGGCUUAAAAAAGCCCGAUGUUGUUAGCCCUUGGCCGUUGGCACUGGAGGGGCUUGUCGAUAUAAAUGGCUGUAAUAUUAGUUAUAUACAUCAAGAUGCCGAUGAAAAUACUUGGGACCCUUCAAAGGUAUGCGUAGUAUCCGAAUCUUCCGAAUCUUGGGGUUCGAUCUGGGUUGAGGAGGACUGUAAUUCGACAAAACAUUUCAUCUGUGACACAACCCCGGAUGAUAGUUGUUCUCAGGCAACAACAACUGAAGUAACGACAACAGAUGAACAAUCGACAACAGAUGGACAAACAACAACCCCUGAACAAACAACAACAGCUGAAGUAACGACAACAUUCGAAGUGAUGACAACAGUUGGACAAUCGACGACAGCUGAACAAACAACAACCCAUGAACAAACAACAAGAGCUGAAGUAACGACAACAGUUGAAGUAAUGACAACAGCUGAUAAAACGACAACAACAGAUGCGGUAACAACAACACCUGAGUUACGAAUAACCUCGGAAGAAACAACCAUUGAGGAAACAACAACUGAGGUAACGACAAUAGAUCAAGUAUCAACAACUGCGGAGGUAACAACAUCUGCUGAGUUGACAACAAGUGAAUUAGAGGCACUAUCACCUGUAAUUAUUAAACUACAACAACAGGGGCAGGAACCAGCGAAGUGGCCAAUCAAGAAAUAUGUUUAUCCCCCAUCGGAAGCUGGAAGAGCAAUUCCAAUCGGAAUUCUUUCCUUAUUACUUAUAGCUGGAGUAAUUCUAGCAGUAAUAGUCUCAGAUUUAGCAAUAUUGAAAGACCAUUUUGAAAGAUUUAUGCUGAGAAACAUAUUUAGCCAUUGUAACGUAAAACGUGUGUGGUCAAAAUAUACCAAGUGUCAAAAAUAAAGCUGUCCAAAAUGGCUUGAAAUACCAUACCUAGUCCUUUGUACCAUAAAUGUA